CUGAGAAGAAUAUUGGAGGUUGGGCACACAGUAAUCAACGUUAUGAAGAAGUACAUCUUCUCCUUGUUGUUCAUCGUGGCUGUGGUCAUCGUUGAGAAGGAGAACAACAUCUUCUCCAAGGUCUUGGACAAGCUCUCUCCGAAGUCAACACCUCAGAGUCCACUCCAGAUCAAAGGUCGAUAUUUGGCAUCUCCCGAACUGGAGGUCAAUUUGAAAGUAAAAUUACCUUUGAAGAACGUCAGACAGCCCAGUGAAGUUAGGAAGCACGUUCUUAUAUUUGCAACAACACGUUCUGGCUCUUCAUUUGUGGGCGAGAUUUUUAACCAGCAUGGCAACGAAAUGUUCUACCUGUUUGAACCUCUUUGGAACGUGCAGCAAAGGCUGGAAAGUGAAGGAAUCGAUUUUGUUCCAGAAGAGGUUUUGACAAAGGCUUAUCGAGACGCUCUCCAUCAGCUUUUCUUAUGCAACUUUUCCAUGCUGGACAGCUUCGAGGCUCCACAAAAGGGCCUUGUAAAGAUGACAUUAUUUCGGCCUGAAUCCAGCCAGUCACUGUGCAGCUAUCCCGCCUGCACCCCAUUUGUGACUGAAACUGACGGGUCCUACGAAUGUCAUAACCAGAGCUGCGGUCCACUGGACAUCAGGAUAGCAUCCCAAGUCUGCCUGCAGAAAAAGUAUCAUGCCAUAAAGUCUGUACGAAUAGAGCGACUAGAGACACUGCGAUCUUUAACAGAAGAUCCACGAUUAGAUUUGAAGGUUAUCCAUCUGGUCCGCGAUCCCAGAGCCAUAUUAGCAUCCCGCAUGAUGACUUUCGCACAAGACGAUGAGGAGUGGCGGAAGAUGACAGAGGACGGGGACAUUACUGAGGAUGACAACAAAAUAGGCGGCCUCAGAGAUCAAUGUGAGUCCAUCCGGAUGGCUGCUGAAGUGGGUCUCAAACGGCCCCCGUGGUUGAAUGGGCGAUACAUGCUAGUGCGUUUUGAGGACAUCGCCUUGUUUCCUAUGCGCAAAGCAGCUGAGAUGUAUCAGUUUACCGGCAUCCCGUUCACUGACCAAGUGAAGGAGUGGCUCUUGCAGAAUACUCAAACACCUGAUAAUGAAGAUGAUAUGUACUCCACCAAAAGAAACUCAUCACAGCAGGCUGAGAAAUGGAGGUUCAAUUUACCACUUAAAUAUGUGAAGAUAGUUCAGAAAGUUUGCGGCCCCACCAUGAAAUUGCUUGGAUACAGGUUCAUAGAAAGCAAAGAGAUGCUGAUUGACAAAUCAGUCAGCUUGAUAGAAGACAGAGUUUUCUAAUGACCAGGGAACAAACUUUUUUAUAGACUUUUAUUUAAUAUAUAUAUUAUGUAUGUAAAGCAGUUUACUAUUAUAUUUUUAAGUAAACAUACCAUGUAGCAAAUGGCAUCUUUUUAAAAGUUAUGUAUUUAUGCUUUUUAGCUGGUUCAGGUUUUCAACUUGGUCACAAAUCCUUAUUUAAUCCCGAAGAUGAAGUUUGGGACUCAAACCCUUUGUAGGUUAUGAUUAAUUACCAGGAAGUGGUUACCAAAAUGCACCCAAAAAGGUAAAGGCUAUUGCUGCUGGGUCUGUGUAUGCCAAUGGCCGAAGUCCAGGGAAUGUACUUAAGUAAAAAAAAAGAUUUAAUUUCUUGGUUUGCUGGUUUCCUGUACUACCCACAGUCCCACAGGACUACCUGCUGAUUGCAGUUGUUGGUGUGCCAAAACUAAUGUUUUAUUAACAUACAUUGCUGUGAAAAAAGUCUGCCUGUUUUUUGUUGUUGUUGUUGUUGUUGUUUUUGCAUAUUUGUCACACUUAAAAUAAUUCAGAUCAUCAAACAAAUUUUAAUAUUACACAAAGGUAACCCAA